AACAUAUACGACGUCGUGUUCAUUCCGUUUUCCUUGGAAAUAAUAAUUCCUUUCCCUUGGCACUAUAAAAAUGUUUUCCAAGCGCCAAAACUGUUAUAAAAAGUGGGGGGAUAAAUAACAAAAAUGAAAAACCAAUCCCGCUCCUUCCAAUCUCCGAAUACCACUCUUUUUUCUUGUUUUUCAAAAUUUAAAUUCUCUCAACUUUCUCUGAUAAAAACUAAAAGAAGUUGAAAAUGGAGAUCGGGUCGGGUCCGAUCGGUUCGUGCUCGAAAGAGGACUUGAAGAUCUACCAGGACUGGUUCAACUUGGCCGAUUCGGAUGGAGAUGGCCGUAUUACUGGAAACGAUGCUACGAAUUUCUUCGCUCUGUCUAAGCUUUCUCGGCCAGAACUCAAGCAGGUUUGGGCACUUGCAGACUCUAAACGACAAGGAUUUUUGGGUGUUACCGAGUUUAUCACUGCAAUGCAGCUAGUUUCCUUAGCACAAGCAGGACAUGAGUUGACUUCAGAGAUCCUUAAAACUUCAGUUAAUAAAGACGUACCACCUCCAUCAAUGGAAGGUUUGGAAACCUUAGUAGCUAAAACUUCAGGUUUAACAAUAAAUGCUCAGUCAGAAUUAAACGCAUUCACGCAGCCGCAACCAUCAUCUCAAUGGUUUAGUUCAAAAACUGUGAAGAAACUUCCUCUUAAUGCUGUUACAUCAAUAAUUGAUGGAUUGAAAAGAUUGUACAUUGAGAAGCUAAAGCCACUGGAAGUUACCUACCGUUUUAAUGAUUUUGUAUCCCCCUUGUUGACCAACAGUGACUUUGAUGCUAAACCAAUGGUCAUGCUUUUGGGUCAAUAUUCAACUGGGAAAACAACAUUUAUAAAGCAUUUACUAAGAUGUGAUUACCCAGGAGCUCAUAUUGGACCAGAGCCUACAACUGAUAGAUUUGUUGUUGUAAUGUCUGGACCUGAUGAGAGAAGUAUUCCUGGGAACACUAUAGCUGUUCAUGCUGACAUGCCUUUCAGUGGUUUGACAACUUUUGGAGGUUCAUUCUUAUCAAAAUUUCAGUGCUCACAAAUGCCACAUCCUCUGCUGGAUGAAAUUACAUUUGUUGAUACUCCUGGAGUGCUUUCUGGAGAAAAGCAACGGACACAAAGAAGCUAUGAUUUCACUGGUGUUAUAUCCUGGUUUGCUGCAAAAUGUGAUCUUAUUCUUCUUUUGUUCGAUCCUCAUAAACUUGACAUUAGCGAUGAAUUCAAGCGUGUAAUUUCAUCUCUUCGUGGUCAUGAUGACAAGAUUCGUGUGGUUCUGAACAAAGCAGACCAAGUUGAUACUCAACAGCUUAUGAGGGUGUAUGGAGCAUUGAUGUGGUCACUUGGAAAAGUUCUGAAUACUCCAGAGGUUGUGCGUGUGUAUAUUGGUUCAUUCAAUGACAAGCCUGUCAAUGAAGCAUCUACAGGCCCUAUGGGCCGCGAUCUUUUUGAGAAAGAACAAGAUGACCUCCUUGCUGACUUGGUUGAUAUUCCGAAGAAGGCUUGUGAUCGCCGGAUCAAUGAAUUUGUGAAACGUGCCAGAGCUGCUAAGAUACAUGCCUACAUAAUUAGCCACCUUAAGAAAGAGAUGCCUUCUGUUAUGGGUAAAGCUAAGGCUCAACAACGACUUAUUGAUAAUCUUGAAGAUGAAUUUGCCAAGGUUCAGAGGGAGUUCCAUCUACCAGCAGGUGAUUUUCCAAAUGCGGAGCACUUCAGGGAGAUCUUACAAGGUUAUAGCAUUGAUAAAUUCGAGAAAUUGAAGCCUAAAAUGAUUCAAGCUGUAGAUGAUAUGCUUGGAUAUGAGAUCCCAGAACUGUUGAAGAAGUUUAGGAAUCCUUAUGAUUAAGGAAGGUGUUUAUCCAGGAUGUGUAUGUUUAGGUUUGAAUUAAUUUGUAAGGCAAACUCAAGAGUUUUCUUUUUAUGUUUGGAUAUUGAUGUUAUUCCUUUACUUUUCCUAUUUUGUUUAAGCAAUCAAAAUUCAAUUUUGAAGUAGA